AUGCAACAGUCCGAAGAGCAAACCCUCCACCUGGUGGGCGUGGGUGUCACCCACUCCAUCGCCCCCGAAAUGCACAACUAUAUCGCCAAAUCACUGGGUCUCCCAUGGACUUUCUACGCAACUGAAUGUCCAACCCUCGACGACGUGGUUACUCUAGCCAAGAAGUCUACCACAUCUGGCCUGGUCGUCACCAUGCCUUACAAGAACACCAUCAUGAAGCAUCUCGACGAAACUGAUGAUCUGGCAACCAUCAUUGGCGCUUGCAACAAUGUCUACUACAAAGACGACGAUCGCAGACGUCUGUGUGGCACAAACACCGACUGGAGAGGCGUUAAGGGUUGCCUCUUGGAAAAAGGCGAGGAGAAAGAUCGAACUUCUACAGAACGACCAGCAUCUGCUCUAAUCGUGGGAGCAGGUGGUGCGAGUCGUGCAGCUGUCUACGCCCUUGCCAAUCAACUUCACUGUCCGACGAUUUACAUUCUGAAUCGAGACGAUCAGGAAGUUGAGAGUCUCAUCAAUGACUCGCGUCGGCUUCCCGCGAUCCCCAAGAUUAUUCAUGUCAAGACUCUGGCCGAGGCCGAGAGUCUAGCAACUCCGUACUAUAUUGUCGGAACUGUGCCCGAUUUUGAGCCAAGCACCGAGUCGGAGUUGGCUGUAGCUUCGAUUUUGAAGCAUUUCCUUUCUAGAUCGGAGAAAGGUGUCUUGCUGGAUAUGUGUUUCAAGCCACGGAGAACCAGAAUGAUCAAGUUGGCUGAGCAGCUGGAUUGGCCUUGCGUUGAGGGGACUCAUGUCAUCGGAUACCAGAUCGAAGAACAAUGGCGGCUGUGGGCGGGGGAGGAGCGUCUUCAAAAGUUGGACCGAGAGGGAGCCUGGAAUGUCCUGUUGAAAGCUGCCGAGAAUAGCAAAGGUAUCAAUUUCUAG